CCUCGUUCGGCCUACAUCUGCGGCCACGGUUCGGUGUUCUUCCCGCAAGGAGUCCGGGGCGUCGGGCUUCGAGAAAGCUUCCAGAUACCGUCAGCGUGGAACCGAGCAUGGCGCCUCGAGGGUCGCUUCUUUUCUCGACUGGUGUGGUCUUCUGCGCAUUCCUGCAGCUAGUGGUCGGCCAGCUGGAAGCCAUGGAUGCCAGAGAUCACUUCGGUAUCGUCCACGACAUGCACGAUCACACCGACGUUCCCAGCAGUACCAAGAGCUCUGAUCCAGACUUUACUGCGGCGACAUUGGUUGCUAAACCACUGAGCACCACCAACGCGUCCAACGGGACACCAGGGACUGCAUUGCCCCUCGGCUUCGGUUCGGAUUGCUCGCACGAAGGACAGUGCAACGCACUUCUCGGUCUCGCCUGCAUCAGCAACGAGAACCGCGCGCCAAAGUGUGCCUGCACUUCAUCGACACCCGUCUACAUCAAUGAGGGUGGCGUCCAGAAGUGCGUCCGAGCCAAAAACCUCAACGAAGCGUGCGUCAGCAACCAGGAGUGCAGCUUCGGCAACCCGAACGUGCUGUGCAUCAACUCCUUCUGCAACUGCUCGCACCCGUUCGAGUUGACACCAGCGAGACACUGCCUGCUGCCUUCGAGUCAAGGAGGCGACAUCUUUACCAUCGCCCUUAGCGUGAUGCUGGCCUUGGCUUUGCUGCUCCUUGUUGCUGGAUAUGCGUAUCAAAAGAUGGUGCGCGAGCGUGGCAGUUCCAGCGGCAGCAGCUCCAACAACAGCAGCAGCAGCAGCCGCCGCUCGAAGCGCAAACGGAAGCGCAACGCAGACGCCUCGACCACGUCUUCGACGACGUGCAUUCUGGCCAAGGACGCGCCCUGGCCGGACGUCGACAACGAGGAGGUAUACUCGGCGGGGGACGAUGAAGGCAGCGAGGCCCACGGGGAGUCGAGGAGACAGGCGCGCGUUGUCCAGCGUGGCUCGCACUUGCGGGAGCCGUCGUUGCCACCUCGUCAUCCGCCCCGUUACAUCAGUGCUGCCAAGGGUCGCAAGGUGUGCACAAUUCGAACCCCUGGGUGGUUGCAGAUCGCGGGUUUGCCGACGGUGCAAGAGGCCGAAGUUUCCUCUUCCGAGGACGACGAGCAGCUGCACUCCAGCGGCAGCUCCGUCGCCGACAAGCCGGAAAGAGACCCGCUUGCCACGCCGCGGUACCGGACAUGCAAGGGGGGACGACACCUGCCCAUCCUGGCCGAGCGAAGGACAGGUGUCGAGCUCGGCUACAACGAACCCGACUGCAGCUGCUCAUCCCCAAUGCACACGCUUCGGCCCAAGGACGAGCAGAUGCAAAGGGUCCUCGACAAGCAGCAGGUCGUGGUGACCAUCGAAACGCACAAACGAAGAUCCCUCGGAACGGCCCCAAGCCCCCCGCCCAUAGUGUCGCUGCGGAGGCGAGAGCUUCCUCCGUCGGAGUCCACGGACGACUCAUUCAUGAAGGACCUCAAGCGCCGGCUCAGUCUCAAGGCUCGGUUCAGCGACGACCUCUGUGGAAUGACGUCGGCGAUGCGUUCGGCGUCCGCCGAACCAACGCGUGUCACUGCUGGUGCCGUUCAGUGCGACGUCGCUCAAGGCACUCCGGCGGAAGCUGCUCCACAGAAGGCGGCGACGGUCGCCAAGGCGCAGCGAGACGCCGAACCGCCGACUACUGGAGUGACAUUCGGCACCAGUGUUCCUGUUCACGGGUUCACCGUGUCAACCAAAGCAGCAAAAAAGCAGAUUGCUGACAUCGAGCACCGGGAAUCAGGACCGGCGAAGGCGAUCGAAAAAGCUGCGGGAGCUGACAAUACCUCGCAGCUGGACCGGGAUCAUGGCACUGCAGAAGCCCAGCCUCCAUUACAGUUAGCCGAUAAGAAAGGCCACUUCAGCGCAAUGCCGGACAAAAGCUCGUUGAACGCGGGCGCGCACAACGCGAAGAGGAGGCGCGCAUCCUCGCCACCUGUUUUAACAAGUUCCGGCAAUGAUGGCAGAACAGAACCAAACAAAACGAACACAGUCUUACCUGCACCCGCUGCUCAAGCCGACAAGGUCGAGAUCAACGUGACUCGGCAAAGUCGGAUACCAAUCGCAGUUUUCCCUGCCAGCACGCAUUUCGAUAAAAAGGGAGACAAAGUGCAAAUGCAGUAUCCGGAACCGAACACUGCUAGCGUACUGACCGAGUUAGAUGCUGCAAAACCACUUUCAGAAAACAGCAUCAUCAACAAGCGUCCCGGGCUGACUGUUCCCAUGGGUACGAAUGCUUGUGUGAGCUCACCGGAAAUCGCUGGCUGUAAGACAACCACUCAAAAAGAAAGGCUGGAAGACGAGCUUGUCGACGCUGGCGCGGGGAAAAUGCAGCAGAAGCAAAGUGACCACCUCAACAUCGAAGAAGUCGGUGAAUUGGCUCGCCUACUUUCUAGGCUCAUAAGAAAACACGACAACUUGGAGCAUACUUCGUCAUCCGAAGACAGCGCGAUCAGCUCUGCUCAGCGGCCGCUCAAGCGCAAGCGGGACAGGGCGAAACGCUCUCGCAGCGCCUACGGCGCGAUGAAAAAGGGCUCGGUGAUCACAGAACCCGCCGAAGUGAGUUCUGUGGGAACCUGCUUUCAGCAGUUCGCUAACGUCAUUACCGGCAAAGUUAAUCAGAAGUCAGUAACUCAGAAAUCUGCUUUGCCAGUCCAGCCUGACGACAGCAUGGCGGAACUUUCGCAGGAGCCGACCAUUAAGCAAAAACUGCUUAGCAUGGAGGAAGUUGUGCGCAAGACAGCAGAGCCGGAGACACCAGAGCUGAUAGAAGCAGCGUCUGGUAAAGAGCUCGAUAACGAGAAGCAAAAGACACCCUUAGAGGCUGAUCGGCCUUCUCUGAACCAGACCACAGAAAGCACGAUCAGUAAAAUGAAGUCACAAGAAGAGGUCACGCCUGCAGAGCAGUCGUCCCUGCAGACGACAGUCAGAGAGAGCAGCGCCGACGAUGCAAAGUACGGCAGUGACAGGAUAGGCGGGAGAACCCCAGAGCCGAUACCAGUAAGCGUGCCUCAAGACUGUCGCGGCUGGGUCCCUAUUGGGGCCGCUUACGCUGCACAAAGGCCGCCUAAGAGUGGGGCAUCAUUAGGGCUGACCGAACUGGUCGGAAAUACCAGUGGAGCUAGGGACAUUUCGCUGACUUUCUCGGACGUCGGUGGUAUCCGAAGCGUGCUCCGAAAGAAACCCUCGGCGUCCUCCACUCCGUCAGAGACUACACCGUCGCUUUCAGCGCAAAAGCCGUACCAGGAGUACAUGGCGAAGCAGCUACAGCCUCCGGUACACUUCGCCGAGAGGCCGUUCGCGGAAGUCCUCGCCAGCAUGGAGAGCGAGAUGACCAGCAUGUUCAAAGACGACGCGACAACUGGCGUUCAGGGCCCCGAAAGAGCGCUCGACAAAUCCUCUUCAACCAGCGCUCCACAAAGCUCGACCCAGUCGGCCAUGAAUGACGAGAACCUCGAUGAAGCAGCCAUCGAGGGUUCGUCAAAAGGAACCUCCGGGACGGACUCCGGGAUAACCGUCGCGAGCGGAGACGUGGCCGAUAUGUCGGGCCGCGUCGCAUCCACUGCAGCCACGCCAGCCGGCAAGGUCCCGGUUUCGUCCAAGGUAGUGACGACGACGACUUCGAUCGAAAGCGACGAGGCGUCCAAGGAGACACCGAGGGCGCAGCUCAAAUUCUGCGACUCGGACGAAGGCUCGGUGCCACCGUCCGAAUCCAUGUCGCUUUCGUUCGUCUCCUCCAACUCCAGCUGCAACGCGGUGCACCGCCUAACCGACCUGGCCGACCUUCCAAGGCUGGAGCACAGCGUGGCGGCAGCGACCCACGAGACGGGCGACGGCGGCGUCGUGCUAGGCAUGCCGCUGCCCCGGCUGACGUCCUCGUCGGCGGUGCAGACUGAGAGCUCGCGGCAACCCGCGUCAUCGUUGACGGAGUGUGGCGUUCAGGCGCAGCUACUGCCGGAGCCAGCGGGUCGUUCUGGCUGUCCCCAGCUCAGGAAGACUCGGAGACGCGACGUCGGCCCUCGCGUGGCCACGGACCGUCCAUGGACGGAGGACGUCAAGAAGGUAGUCAUGCUGGGCAACAAGCACUACCUGCGUCAGCACGCGGGGCAUCGUCCCAUGGCCAAGUCGGCGACCACCUUCGACGAGACGCAGUACGUGCUCUUCAAGAUCGAGGACCAUGUGCAGCCCGAUACGACGGCUUCUCCGGUGGCCCGCGAAGCUCCGUACAGCAUGAGUACGUCCGGCGAGCUGACUCGGGAAAGCUGCGAGUCCACACUGGAGCUCUUGCUCCGUAGGAGCACCGUUUCCUCGGGAAGGGACGCCGACACGCUGGCGUCUGACGAUAACAAUUUCGAGCAGCCGCUCAAGCUCAGCGACUUGAUCUUGCUGCAGCACCCGGAGGUUGGCCUAGGGAACUUUAUUGUAGUCGACUUUUCUAAGGCUGCCGACGCGUCCUCGCUGAGAGCACUUUCCUCGGCCGCGGCUACGCCUGCCGAGGGCGGAGCAGAGCGCCAAGGUGUAGUGCUGGAAACUCAGCCCGAGGACAAGCGGGCGCCGGAUUUGAACACCAGCCACAAAUCCGGUGCCGAUGAGCCGGUGUCCGAGAAGACACGUUCGACGGCAGCUGCAGUCGGGAUUUCGCGAGAGCCGUCUCUUGCUGAAGCGGUGGCAGGAGGUAAAUGCUCGGAUGCUCUCCGGAAGCCCCAGCGCCCGAGCCUCACCACGUCAGCAGCCAAGGCCGCAAACCACGAGCGCCGACUGGAGCAAGAAAGUUCGGGUGCGAAAAGGGGGGCCGCUGAGGCAGCAGUGGCCAGGGCGACGGAGCCGACGGUUCAUUUCGCCGCGCCACUGCCGUCGCAACACGUCCUCUUUCUGUCCGAUUGCUCCGUAGCCAUUCGCCUUCCAGGUGGCGUGAUCCGGAGCGUGCAUCCGGGGCAGCAGGCCGUCGGCACUGCCUCGCCGCAAGGCAGAGCGGCGAUCAGAGCUGACCACAGGAGCCGACAGCUUCUGUUGGCCACGGCCCUGGACGAACCCAGCUUCGAGUCCAUCUACAACGCCAUCUUGCAGCCGCCGCCCCGAGUGGCCGCCCCUAUGGAGCCCAUUGCGCCCGGAGACGUUCCAAGCCCUGCAAGGACGACUUCGUCGAUGCGGGCCGUCUCGUUCGACGACUCGCUCACCACCGUGGUGCCCCUGGAGCCGCCACCGGAGUCGUUCACGUACGACGCCGCAGACGCGACGGCGGGCUCCGAGCCGGAGGCGCCUUCGCAGUGGCGCAAGGCGAGGCGCCGCUCGAGCCUCUGCCGCUCCUUGUCGGGCUCGCGCCUGCAGGCACCGCCGGCGAGCCCCGGCAUCGAAGGUGCCGAAGUCGCGUGCGGCACAGCCCGCAAGAUGAUGAGGCUCGGCGGCUCUGGCCGGCUGGCGCCUGCGCUGGCUCGCCCUGGUGCCGACAAGGACGCUGGCGCGGAAGGCGCCGUCCCGGACCGACCAGGCGGCGGCAGCGGUAGGCACGAGACCCCGACUCCGCUGAUGUCGCCUUUCUAUUCGUUCGAGGACACCGGCUCCGAGCAAUCCUUCCUGCCGGACUCAAGCAAUUUCGACUGCUCAGGGUCGGUCGCUGCCUCGCAGCGCGGCGACGACCACAAGCAGUGCGACGAAGACCGGGCCCCGCGGCCUGCGUGAACCGCGCCUGUUCGCUGCCCACCGGCAGGAUAUGUUCUGGCUGCAUUCAAUUACGCGUAGUCAAUAAAUGCUCUGAGAAAAGCGAGUGCAUAGCUGAACAGAGCAACAGCUGUACGUGUACAAUGAAGUCGGAGAUCCGAGGCCUCCCCCCCUAAUUCAGUGCAACGCGCUGUACAUUAUACAAUUUGAUACGUUGAUCUUCUUCUAUACGUUCACCUUCUUAAUUAUUUGCAUUAUAUGUAUACGUUGUAAUAUCUAGGUGGGCAUAUGCGACUUGGCUUUUUAGAAACGUGCAGCCCAAAUCUCCUUUAAUUUUAUUUGUGCCCGUAUGGUGUCCUUCAGCAGUGUGUCGAGAGUAUAUUGUAUUCACUGUUUUAUGAUGCGCUCCUUUC